AUGCAAACAGGGCUGGAGGCGGCAGAAACCCCGACUCCGAAAUCCACGCCGCCCUCUGCGCCGGGGAGGGGCGGUCGAGGGAGGACGCAGCAGCUGCGCCAAGGAGAUAGCCCCGACCCGAGUUUACUGGCGUUUCAUGCCCUGGGGGGGAGGCAACGCGUCCGGCGCGAGUGCAGCCCGGAUCCCCCGAGAGCCAAGUCUCCUCUCAGCCGCCGCGAUCGGGAAGAAGCUAAGAUGCAUCUCUCGCCGCCGGGGCCAGAGUCCGGCGCUGGCAGGCGGCGGCCCGGGCGGGCGGGCGAGGUUGGGGCGGGGGGGGGGGGUCCUCGCCUGGCCCCUCCAGGCGCGCGCGCGCGCCUUCCCUCCGGAGUUCCUCUCUGGAAAGUUGCCGAGAGCCCCAACCAAAACAAGCGGCGGCGUCUGGCUCUGCGCGCCGACCGCGCCGCCGUCUCACUCGGGAGGAGAAAAAAACACGUGACGGAGCCUCCGCGCUCCGCAGCCCGGCCGCCGCCGCCGGGAGGCUCCCGCCCGGGUCUCUACAUUCCCGGCCGAGCCCGCCCCGCGCCCGCCCCUCUCCGCCCCCCGGCUGUGCCGCAGAGGCGCCGGCGCCCGGCCUCGGCACCACGCUCGGGCAGCGCCCCUAUGCGGCCGGCCGCCCGGGCUCAGAGCCGGCCUCCGCGCGCCACCCAGGGCGCCCCAGGCCCGCAGGAAUCCCCGCCGCGGGCGCGGGCGGGGGUGUUUGGGUGUCUCCCCGAAAGCACGAGGGGAGUCUGGGAAAACGGGGGAGGGGGGCGAGCCCGGGAAGACGCAGGAGUGAGGGUGGGGGGCGACGGGGGGGCACUGCGGCUACUGGGCCCUGCGUGGGAGGGCCCGAGUAGGGGGGGACUCGAGAGCUGGGCUGGAUCUUACCUAACAGGAGACCCUCCCCAGUCGCCAGCUCUCAAGCACUGCCCGAUGCUCGCGACAGUGGAGGCGCUGGGCAUGCGCUGGGCAGGAAGGACCCGCUGGGCUGCGGAGGAGCCAGCCUGGGCCUAA